AUGUCUUAUAAAACUUUAAAAAAUAAUUUGUACAAUAAACCACUUUCUAAUAUAAACAAUAAUUUAUCUCAAACUAGUAUAUAUAAUCCCAGUACUAAUACUUCAAGUAAAUCUUUGCCAUCAGAAUGUCUACAACAUAUCUUCUUACAUUUAUCGUAUUCAAAAUCGACACUUCAUUCAUGUUUAUUAGUUAACAGAUUAUGGUGCGUUAACGUUGUAAAAGUGCUGUGGUCGCAACCAUUUCAUUUAUUAAACACUUGCACUUCUUCAUCCGGCCAAUGUGGUAGAACCCCAAAGGAUACUUACCUUAAAUGCGCUGCUUUAAUAAAUAUUUAUUUAUCAUUCCUUGAUCGAGAAGAAACAAAUAAUCUAUUGAACAAUAGAAUCAUAUUAAAUAAUAAUGGUAAUUCAAGUAAAGCCAAAGAUAAGGAUAACUUAAAUUCGUAUAAUGAAGAACUAACGUUUAACUAUAUUGAAUUUUUGAGAUAUCUGGACUUGGAAGAAUUAUUUAUCACAGUAGGAGCAUGGAAGCAAUAUACCAUCUUUAAUAGCAAUACUAAUUCAUCCUCAAAUUAUUCAAAUGGUAAAUUGAUUCAAAAAAGUUCAUUCAAGAAAACGUUAAAAAAAGCGGUAAACACCCUUACAAAAAAAUCCUCUUCAAUGUUGAAAAGGAAAUCAUCAUUUGGUAACUUUUCAUCUUUAUCGUCAUCAUCUUAUACUGGUAAUAAUGGUAGAUUUAGUGUUGAUGGAUUUCCCGUUGCCGUUGAUAGGGUGGUAUCAUAUUCUUUGGCUAAAUUAAUCAUGAAUAAAUGUAACAAAUUAAAAGUACUUUCGAUCGAUACUAGAAUUGAUGAUCAUCAUUGUCAUUGUUUGGUUCCAAUUAAUGAAACCGCUACAACGACUAUUACCACCACAACGAAUCAUCCAAGUAUCUUGAGACAAAAUGUACCUGAGGAACAUUUAUUAAUCGCCACGUAUCCUGGUUCCAAUAAAUGUCUACCCCCAUUAACGGAAUUCAUAUGUACGACGAGAGGAACGAAAUGGAGGUUGUUUCAUGCUUUGGCUGGAAUUUGUAAACAAUUAAAACGAAUUGUUAUAGAUAUGGGUGGUUAUACUAACUGGUUAAAUAAUAAUGAUAAUUCAUCAUCAUCGAUUAAUCAACAACAACCGAAUUCCCUACCGGCUUCACUAUUGUCUCUUACUCCUUAUACCGAACCACAAAUGCAAGAAUUAGAAUGGGAAGCAAAAAAUUUAGCAACGCUUCUUCAAUCACAAGUCUCUUUAGAGUCAUUUACUUUAUUACGUGGUGAGAUUGGCUUGCUCACAAUAUUAGGGGCUUUGAAAUCUCAAGUGAAUUCUUUAAAACAUUUGGAAUUUGUUCAAUUAAAUACGAAAUACGCUCAAUGGGGAGCUUUUUAUAAUAUCUUGGAUUAUGUUGAAUUAAAAGAGUUGGUAUUUAAGGAAUGUGAAUUAAGUGAUGAACUAAUGAGACCAUUAACGAUAACCACUUCUAAAAAGGAUGCUUUUAAAAGGAUUGAAGUAUUAAAUUUUGAAAAAUCUAUCGCUUCAAAGGACAUUAUUGGUAAAUUUAUUAAAGUGAUUGGGUCUAAUUUAAAAAGGUUACUCCUUGGUGAUCACUAUGUGUGCGUAUCUCCUGAAGUUAUUUCAUUGAUUGAAAUCACUGGACAGUAUUGUCCGAAUUUAACUCAUUUUACCACUUUUGUUGAUAUUAAUGAUAUUCCACGGUUACUCACUUUAUUCACUUUGUGUCCUUUGUUGCAAUCAGUUGAAUUAUCAAGAAAAAUCAUCCCUCAAGGUCAAGAUGAAUCAUUAGAGGACGCUUUUAGUAAUAUAGCCGAUGUUACUUAUUUAUUCGAACAAAUGGCUUCUCAAAAUUUAUUAUAUAAUUUAAAACGAUUAGUCUUGCGUGCUCCUUGGUCUUUUACUCCCGUUUCUUUAGAAAGUUAUUUAUGUGGUGUUAAACCUCCUUUAAAAUGCUUAGAGAUUAGUCAAUCUUAUUCUUUUGAUAACGAACAUUUAAAAGUUUUGAUUAAAUAUGCUAAAGAAAAGCAACAAUUGAAAAAAGUUUUGAUUGAAACUCUUCAUGAAUUAGAUGAUAAUUGGAAUGAAUCUUUGGCCAUUUUCGAAGUUUUUGAAUAUCAUAGAAUACGUCAAUAUCACCUACCCGGUUAUUUUGGUAGGUAG